UGCGAUGUGAAUAUAAUGCUGGAAGACUGCAUACUUCUAGAUGAUGGAUAUCAAAGAACUUGAGGAGAGGUCGGCGGCUGCAGCAGUUAGUGAGGAGGAAGAGGACCCGUUCGCGCUUCCGGAACUCCGGGUCGACUACACUCCCUGGUCCGAGCUGACGGUGUGCGGCAAGCUCCGGCGCGUGCUUCUGCACUUCAUCCUUAAGAUCCUCUUGCUGCUAGGUGGCCUCUACAUCUUCGUGUGCUCUCUCAGCUUCCUCGGCGAUGCCUUUCAGCUGCUUGGAGGCAAGGUAGCUGGUAAGGCAUUCGCCAACAACGAGAUCCUGGCGAACCCCGUGGCGGGCCUGAUGAUAGGCGUGCUGGCCACGGUGCUACUUCAGAGCUCCUCCACCACCACCUCCAUCAUCGUCAGCAUGGUCGGCAGCGGCGAACUUCUGACAGUAUCGCAAGCAAUUCCAAUUGUGAUGGGCGCCAAUAUCGGGACGUCUGUCACUAACACAAUCGUCGCCAUGGGACAGAUCACUAACAAAGCGGACUUCAGGAGAGCGUUUGCUGGCGCAACUGUCCACGACAUGUUCAACUGGAUGACUGUUCUCGUACUGCUUCCGGUAGAGGUCAUCGUGAAGGCAGCCGCGGGACAAGGCUGGCUGGAGUGGAUGAGCGGGAAGCUGGUGGUCGCCAUGGCCCCCGAGCAGGACAAAACGCAGGACCGGAACUACCUGAAGGUCAUCACGGACCCAUUCACCAAGCUCAUUAUCCAGAUUGACAAAAAGGUGAUCAACGACAUUGCACACGGAAAUGACGUCACGAACAAGUCCACCAUCCUGCACAAGUGCCAUAAAUGUUUCAUGUUCGAGUACGCGACCAACCCAUCCCGUGGCGACAGCCGCCUGAGCGAUACGGCGGUGGGCGUCAUCCUGCUCAUCAUCUCACUCGUGCUACUGUGCGCCUGCCUUGUGCUCAUCGUCAAGCUGCUCUCCUCCCUGCUCCGGGGCCAGAUCGCGCAGAUCCUCCGCAAGUUCAUCAACGCCGACUUUCCCGGCCACUUCAAGUACUUUACCGGAUACCUUGCUAUCCUUAUCGGCGCCGGGCUCACCGUCCUGGUUCAGUCGAGCUCCAUCUUCACGUCGUCUCUCACACCAUUGGUGGGAAUGGGAGUCCUCAGCCUGGACCGCAUGUAUCCGCUCACGUUGGGCUCAAAUAUCGGAACCACCGCCACAGGAAUCCUCGCAGCAUUUGCUCAGGAUUCGAAUAGAAUUCACUUGGCAGUUCAGAUCGCCCUCUGCCACCUGUUCUUUAAUGUGUGCGGCAUUGUAAUAUUCUAUCCUCUUCCAUUCUUCCGACCACCUAUCGCGGCAGCCAAGUUUCUUGGCUUGCGGACCUCCAAGUACCGAUGGUGUUCCAUUUUGUACAUCCUCUUCUCGUUUGGGGCUUUUCCAGCCUUGAUUUUCGGGCUUUCCAUCGCGAGUUGGAUAGCGCUUGCAGUCGUCCUGAUACCUGUCGCGCUGCUCAUUAUUUGUGUUUUCUUUAUCAAUCUCGCUCAAUCGCGAUGCCCUGCGGCCCUUCCGAAAAUACUGAAUAAUUGGAAAUUUCUGCCUACCCCGUGUCGUUCUUUGGAACCAUAUGAUCGAGCUCUGAUAUUCGUGACGUGUAACUGCUGCUGCUGCAGACGAGUGGGGUGUUGCAAGAGUAUUACAGACGACCAGGACAGCAGACGACAAAAUAGACAUGCAUCAAUCAAGGAAACCAUUUCAAACGAUGUAACUAAUGGACAUGUAGGUGAGACAGACGCGAAAACCGUGGACGAAGGACACAUAGAAACCCGGCUAUAAAUACAGGUGAAACGCGAUGCAAUAAAAUAAUGGGAUAGAGAUGAUAAGGAUGCAGUCCCCUCUGAUAUAUAUGUAUAUCUAACUUACAAAAUUGAUACGACUUUACGAAAAAGCGAUGUAGCGAAACAGGCAAUUUUACGGAUGUAUUGACUUGUCCUUUCGUAAAAUUACCAAUUAAAAGUUGCGAUAUUACGAAAAGGUUUGCAACCAUGACUUGUCACACCCUAACGAAAAGACAUUCACACCUGAUCCAGCCAUCAUUUUUGACGUUGCUGCGAAGCUGCUCGUCUAAGUUAUCAUACCAUGAAAAAAUUCUUCCAUAUGGCGACCUAUGUAAAAGACCGAACGAGUCCGAUUGAGAUAGCUCGAUUUUUCUAAUCGGCAUACCUCGCUGAUUAUCAUUGAUAAAGAUAUAGGAAGCUCAGCUAUAAAUAGGACAGCAUAUUAAGGGGAAAAUAUUUAAUAAUAGUUUGAAAACGUUAAUUUUAAAUCAGUUAUAUUCAAUCCAUUAUAUGUUUAUAGAUCAAUGAAACAACUAUGCAUUUUCUGUAUUGUAUUUGACAUUUGUCGUGAUUCAGUAAAUAAAUUGCGAAUUAAAA